GAAUGAGAGCAAUCAGCAAUGCAUCUGGCCAACAGAAUUAAUCUGGGAAAACCUGGAGGAAGAAAAAGGUCUGUGUAGCCAUCCAUGCUCACAAGACGUGCCUGUACUUUUGGCCAAGUCACCUUCCCUGAGCUAAAGGCAAACUGCUGCAGGACAAAUCAAGGAACUUCAAGGCACAGAGACACAAAAAAUAUACAUAAACAGAGUUGGAAAAAAGUUACUUUUUUGAAGAUUGGGACACUAUUUGCCCUCCUCCAGUCUGGUGGGACUUCUCCAGUUCUCCAAGAAUUCUCAAAGAUUAUUGCCAGUGGUUCUUAAAUUCCCUCUGCUAGUACCUUUAAUACUCUUCAUCUGGCCCUGGAGAUUUAAAUUCAGGUCAUAGAAUCAUAGAAUAGUAGAGUUGGAAGAGACCUCAUGGGCCAUCCAGUCCAACCCCCUGCCAAGAAGCAGGAAAUCGCAUUCAAAGCACCCCCAACAGAUGGCCAUCCAGCCUCUGUUUAAAAGCCUCCAAAGAAGGAGCCUCCACCACAGUCUGGGGGAGAGAGUUCCACUGCCGAACAGCCCUCACAGUGAGGAAGUUCUUCCUGAUGUUCAGGUGGAAUCUCCUUUCCUGUAGUUUGAAGCCAUUGUUCCGUGUCCUAGUCUGCAGGGCAGCAGAAAACAAGCUUGCUCCCUCAUCCCUAUGACUUCCCCUCACAUUCCUGGACUACUUUGUUGCCUAUUUUGUGUUGCAUUUACCCUAUUACCUUAUCCACUCCAUAUUGCUCAGGUUGAACAACAAUCUCUUUUUGAGAGAAGACACAGAUUCCCACAGGCAGCAUGGCCGGCAUUCCAACAUCAAUAAAUCAUCAAUGAAGGAUAUUGGAGGCAAAGUUUAAAUAUUUUGGCCACAUUAUGAGAAGACAGGAAAGUUUGGAAGAGAUCACGAUGCUGGGGAAAAUGGAAAGAAAAAAGAAGAGAGGCUGACCAAGGGUGAGAUGGAUGGACGGUAUCCUUGAAGUGGCUGGCAUGAACUUGAAGGAACUGGGGGCGGCGACAGAUGACAGGGAGCUCUGGCGCAGAUUGGUCCAAGAGGUCACGAAAAGUCAGAAACGACUGACCAAAUAAAGAAGAAGAAGACACUUGCAUGUCGCGGACUCCACUUUGUAGCCCCAUUUCUGAAGAUUGCUUCUGCAAUCUCUUCUGAACAACCCUUACUAAAAAUAACAAUAAUAAAUCCUGUGACAGGGUUGCUUUGAAGGUCCACAACAACACCAAUAAACAGAUACGGUUUAUACGCAGGCAAACAGUGUCUUCUCAUGCAUUUGUUAGUUGAAGGAAUUGAUUUAUUUGAUGUUGAUCCAUGAUAAAAGUAUAUCUAAAAAAACAGAGGACUGAAAGAAAAAAAGAGGAAGGUGGGAAAAGAUUUCCCCCUGUUUCAACAUUUAAACAGAUUGAAAUAGUGUUUGAAAAGAGGACUUUGACCACAGUUGGAAAAGCAAUGAAAUAUUUCUCACUUCUUACUUCUUACUAUAUAGAAUAAUAGAGCUGGAAGAGUCCUCGUGGGCCAUCCAGUCCAACCCGCUGCAAGAAGCAGGAAAAUCGCAUUCAAAGCACCUCCGACAGAUGGCCAUUCAGACUCUACUUAAAAGUCUCCAAAGAAGGAGCCUCCACCACACUUUGAGGCAGAGAGUUCCACUGCUGAACAGCUCUCACAGUAAAGUUCUUCCUCAUGUUCAGGUGGAAUCUCCUUUCUUGUAGUUUGAAGCCAUUGUUCCAUGCCCUAGUCUCCAGAGUAGCAGAAAACAAUCUUGCCCCCUCCUCCCUAUGACUUCCCCUCAUAUAUUUAUACAUGGCCCACAUCAUGUCUUCUCUCAGCCUUCUCUUCUGCAGGCUAAACAUGUCCAGUUCUUUAAGCCGCUCCUCAUAGGGCUUGUUCUCCAGGCCCCUGAACAUUUUAGCUGCCCUCCUCUGGACACAUUCCAGCUUGUCAACAUCUUCCCUAAAUUACGAUGCCAAGAAUUGGGCACAGUAUUCCAGGUGUGGUCUGACCAAUAUGGCACAAAGGCUAGGGACAGACAUUCAUGGGAUUGAGGACCUUAUCAUUUUGGGAUAUAAUCUGUUUAUAUCAGCAUGCAUCUCUUAUUUUUCAGACUGGAUGUAUAUUUUAUUGAGAUGGGAUGCACACUCUCCUCAUCACAUCUGAUUACUACAAUUCUUAUGAUUUGAAAAUACUUCACUUUGACUCAUCACACCAGGCUGGCUCCUGUCAAUCCAUUCAAAACACACCCUACAUCACCCAAUGAUCUUUUAAAAAGUAUCACUGCUGAUGGGAUGCAGAAAGAUUUUCCUAUCACACACAAAAACAGUGCUUCGGCAAUGGAAGAAUUCACAGUAUUUCAAAAAACACGAUUGGAAUUCCAUCUGCAAAUAAACCGCUCCUGAGACACUUUGCAAACGGAUUCUGACGGAAUACUGACGGGAUGGGGCAAAUGUCAUGUGAUGGGAAAUCAUUCUCAAACAGUCUCAGAAAUAAGAGUAUUUCCUAAUAUGAUAAGGUCCUGUGUGUAGGUUCCCACCUGGUUUUCUCCCUUAGGUGUUCUUUGAAGUCACAUAACUAGCUCUGAAGCGUGUCCUGAGUAUCGGACAAACAAGGCAGAGUUUAGGACCCAGGGAUUAUUUUGUGUGUAUGUUUUUUCUCCUCUUUGGCUUGCAGCCUGUGACAGCUGACCGAAAAUCAAUGAAGUGUACUUUAAGAAGCUUCACAGUGGUGCAAGAUAAGGCUCAAAAGCGAUUCUCCUUGUUUCCAUCCUAUUAGCCCUCUUGGUUUAGCAUUAUUUUGCUGUAACUGGGUUCUCAGAUGGAAAUGGUUUGCCUCUGAAGAUCAAGAAAUCCAGCACGAGAUGUGGCUGUGAUAAUGGGGCUGCUAGAUGUUAUUACAGUCUCCCUCCUUCUUUGUGCUCGCAGUUCAGCAUUCACUGUGUUCAGCUCAUUUGCUGAGAAUGAAGAUGCACUUUUGCGGCACUUGUUUCGUGGGUAUCAGAAAUGGAUCAGACCAGUGAGACAUUCCAACGAUACUAUUAAGGUCUACUUUGGAUUGAAGAUAUCCCAGCUGGUAGAUGUGGAUGAAAAGAAUCAGCUGAUGACAACGAAUGUGUGGCUAAAACAGGAAUGGAUUGACAACAAAUUGUGUUGGAACCCUGAAGACUAUGGUGGGAUCACUGCCAUUCGGGUCCCAUCGGAAUCUCUCUGGCUCCCAGAUAUAGUUUUGUUUGAAAAUGCUGAUGGGCGCUUUGAAGGUUCACUGAUGACAAAAGCAAUUAUAAAAUACAACGGGAUAGUAGUCUGGACACCGCCAGCCAGUUACAAAAGUUCGUGCACUAUGGAUGUGACCUUCUUCCCAUUUGACAGGCAGAACUGCUCAAUGAAAUUUGGAUCAUGGACUUAUGAUGGUAACAUGGUUGACUUAAUCCUAGUUGACGAAAAUGUGGACAGGACAGAUUUCUUUGAUAACGGGGAGUGGGAAAUCCUGAAUGCAAAGGGAAUGAAGGGCAACCGAAAAGACGGACUGUAUUCCUACCCUUUCAUAACUUAUUCUUUUGUUCUCAGACGCCUUCCACUCUUUUACACUCUCUUUUUAAUAGUCCCGUGUCUGGGAUUGUCAUUUUUAACAGUGCUGGUGUUUUACUUGCCUUCUGAUGAGGGAGAGAAACUUUCACUCUCAACCUCUGUUUUGGUCUCCCUCACUGUUUUCCUCUUAGUCAUUGAAGAAAUUAUCCCUUCGUCUUCCAAAGUCAUACCCUUGAUUGGCGAGUACUUGUUGUUCAUCAUGAUUUUUGUCACGCUGUCGAUCAUCGUCACGAUUUUUGUAAUUAACGUGCACCAUCGCUCUUCCUCAACCUACCAUCCGAUGGCUCCCUGGGUGAAAAGACUUUUCCUGCAGAAGCUCCCCAGGCUGCUCUGCAUGAAAGGACACGUCGAUCGCUUUUCCUUCUCUGAUCCCGAAGGAACGCUGAAACAAAAGCUGGCGAGAAAACAUAAACAUAAACAUUUCAAAGACGGAGAAAAAGUCGUGAUUGCAUUCUUGGAAAAGGCUGCAGAUUCCAUCAAGUAUAUCUCCAGGCAUGUUAAAAAAGAACACUUCAUCAGGCAGGUCGUACAAGACUGGAAGUUUGUUGCUCAGGUUCUUGAUCGCAUCUUCCUGUGGCUAUUUUUGGUGGUAUCUGUGAUGGGCUCUGUUCUUAUAUUUACUCCUGCGUUGAAGAUGUGGUUGCACAGUGGUUUAUAGAUCACGUUGUCUUCUUAUGUGAGAACCUGCUUAAAGGAAGGAUGGAAGCAGAGUGCCAAAGCUGAUGUUUCACUAAUGUCCUGCUGAGAAGACUCAAAAUGUCACUGCCAUUUGUAGAGAAUCAGUGUAGAUGAUAAGUGUACAUCUUGACAAUGUUUUAAGGCUGAAUCUUGUGCCUGCUGUCCUGUGAGUAAGCCCUAUUCAACUUACUUGGGAUUUAAGUAUAGUUAGGUGUGUACAGGAUUGCACCAGUAAUCUUUUGAAUUGUUGCACAAUUCAAUAUCCAUGUCUGUUAUUUUUGUAGUUAUUUAUAUGUUACCUUAGAUGCACCAGAAAAAUAUACCUAUAUAUGGUGUAUAUAAACCUAUAUAUUGUAAGCACAUAAACCAAAAAUAUCUCAGCUAAAAAUUGAUAUCAGUUUUAUGCCCAUUUAUACUGUUGGUGUGGAGAACCUGUGGACCUCCAAACAAUUUUGGUCUACCCAGCAGGAGUUGUAAUCCAAUAACAUUAGAAGGUUGCCUUUUUCUCAUCAGUGGUUUAAAUAGCCAAUGCUUUCCUCCAAACCACUAGUAAAGCCUGUGAAGUGUGCUGCAGAUUCUCUGGGGGAAAAAUUAUACUUUCCAUACAACAAUUGGUGAGAAAAACUAGAAAGCAGAAGAGGAAAAAAAUCAUCUACCUAGAGUUUGACUGUGGUGGGCAGAUACAUACUACUUUUAAAGCUUUAUUUUUGUUUCAGUUUGUCCAAAAUUAUCUAUUUAGCAAUAACCCACUGAUACUGGAAAGAUUUCUAAGAUCACUGGCUAAAAACAUUUAUGUAUAAAGAUUUAAAUUGAAUUUUACUCAGUCAAAUUUAAUAUUAUGAUUUCUUCACUCAGAUGUAAAUAUUCCAUUUGAUGAAAAUGAUAUAUGGAAAGUUGAUAUCCUUAUUUAUUUGUUGCACUAUUUUUAAAAAAAUGUUGAAUUAUAUAUAAAGGCAUAGGGCAUGUGCAUAACUUUAAGUAUAAUAAGCACAAAUACUUUAUAUUUUAAUAGAAUGAUAGCUGAAUAUAUAUAGAUAUAGAUAUAUUUAUUGCACACAGUGCACAGUUACUUGCCCUUUGUGGGUGAAAUGUCAUGUUUGUUUUCAUUUUUGAAAGCCUUUCUCAUUUUCCUCUUUGGUUUGGCAAAGUCGCUCCCACUCAACUCUUUAGAGGUUUUUGGAGUGUUUGCAAAUGUCACUGAAGAAUUAUUUAAAUUCACUAACUUGGAGUGCUUAACUCUUGUAGUUUCCCUACCAGUAAGUUAACUGAACAAUGUCAAUUGAACUCACAUUUAUACAAAAGGAAACCCAAGCAAAUCACAGGCUCAUAAACAUCUAUGUCCAUUGUCUAGACCAGUGGUUCUCAACCUGUGAGUCCCUAGGUGUGUUGUCGAAGGCUUUCAUGGCCGGGAUCACAGGGUUGUUGUAUGUCUUUCGGGCUGUGUGGCCAUGUUCUAGAAGUAUUCUCUCCUGACAUUUCGCCCACAUCUAUGGCAGUCAUCCUCAGAGGUUGUGAGGUAUGGAUAAACUAAGUAAGGAAUGAAAUCUGGCUACCAGUAUUAAAAAAUUCUAAAAUCAAAACAGUAGAUGGGAACCAACACUCUGAGGGCAGAGGGCAGCUAAUGACAGAACAAAGGAUGCCCCCAGGCAAGAGACAAAACCUUUCCAAUGCUAAUUAGGGUGAUUAACUGAAACAUUAAUGCUGGCUUCCCAGUGACAAAGGACUCUUGCCACACCCUGGACUCUCCACAGAUAUAGAUUCUUUCCUUUCCUUACUUAGUUUAUCCAUACCUCACAACCUCUGAGGAUGCCUGCCAUAGAUGUGGGCGAAACGUCAGGAGAGAAUACUUCUGGAACAUGGCCACACAGCCCGAAAGACAUACAAGAGUCCCUAGGUGUUUUGGCCUACAGCUCCCAGAAAUCCCAGCCAGUUUACCAGCUGUUAGGAUUUCUGGGAGUUGAAGAUCAAAACAUCUGGCGACCCAUAGGCUGGGGACCACUGGAUUAGACUCACAGAGAAUUUGUGUUGGGACAUUAGUUGGGUAUGAAACAGCAGAGAUAGUCAACAUGCAGUCUAGAAUUCUUAAGUGAAACAUAAUUUUGAUUUAUAUUUUAAUGAGGAGUGCCAAAUAGUCACUAAUUUGUCCUCAGUGGCAAGAAAGCAAGCAUUCCCUGUUCAUCACCCCACCAGGAAUCUGGUGGAAUAAUGGAUUAAUUCUAAUUAUUGUCAGUCUUGUUGUAAAGUGAGGUCACACAAUAUGGAUCUCACCAGAUGGAGAUCCAGAAGCCAGGAAACAGCAGGGGAAACCACGGGGCAGCGCCCAGCUUCGUCCCCCUAUUAUCCCAAUGUGUUUCCUGGCUGUUCCGGCUUGUUAAAUGAAGAUACAAGUAGUCAUCCAUAUCCUCAGGACUUUCUCGAAGCAUGCUGCUGGGACGGAGCCCCAACAAAAGUAGCCCUGCAUCAUAUGAUGGACUUUGUCGGGCUUUCUCCCAGCUCUAUCUCAGCAAAGUGCUAGGAUGGGGAAAAUCCCCUUGUCUGAUGAUGCCCUAUGUUUUGUUAUGUUGGUAAUCAGUAUCCUAGGGCAUAUCAGGUAUAAAAGAUUUGCUGUGGACAAAGAUGGAUGAGAGAAAAUUUUGUUAUUAUGUCUAUAUACCCAAUCCUGUAUUCUGUGGAGCCAUCUUUUAAACAUUGCUUUUAAAUUUUCAUUUCCUGUGAGUCUUUGAGAAGCCCUGCAAAAAUGGCCAAAUGGAGACUCUUUUAAAGUUUUGGGUGAAAAGGUCAGGUACAAAAAUAUUUUUUCCCCUGGCAAAAAUGUUUUUGUGCAAAGAAAAUAUAUAUUUCUGUGCAAAAUGUUUUAGUAAAGAAAACAUGCAUUCUGUACCCAAUACAAUUUUCUGUGCGAAAAGCCCAAUAUAUUUUGUAGAAAUAAAUGCUGAAAUGUAGAAAAUUGUUUUGAAAAGUGUUUUUCCAAUCUCACUAGUGGGGAGAAGAGUUUGGCAAUUAUAUUUACUUGCAUGCAAGAAUGAAACGAGUGAAGAUUUAUAUUCCUAACAGGAACCCUUUGCAUUAGUGCCUAGAGAUUUUUAUAGCACUUUAUAACCCGUCCUAAAAUAUUUCAAGCUUUUAGUUUGUGGAAGCUGAGAGCAGACUUUUUUCCUAUAGAGACCCUUAGAGGACAUGACCAAGACCCCCAGGAAUUUUAUUUAUUUAUUUAUUUACAGUAUUUAUAUUCCACCUACUCACCCCGAAGGGGACUCAGGGUGGAUCACAGAACAUAUAUGCGGCAAACAUUCAAUGCUGCUUAUAACAAUAACAAGAUGGACAACAGACAGAGGUGUAUAUAUAGGUUUUUCCAUCUUUCGGCAUCUUUGGAGGCUGUAAUCGGUUCUGGCCACCAGGGGUGCUGUCACUCUAUCUCCUGCCGAAGAGCUUUCUUUGUUCAUACUGAUCAAAACGCCGAGCCUAAAUACCUCCCCGUUUUAAUGCAGUUCCUAUUUACCUACUCACAUUUGUUUUCAAACUGCUAGGUAGGCAGAAGCUGGGUUAAAGGUUAGGCGCUCACCCUGACUUGGGGUUCAAACUCUCAACCUUCUUGUUGGCAAGAUUUAUUGCAGCUUGGUGAUUAACCUGCUAAAGCCUAAUUCAAUUCUGUAUUCCUGGAAAUAAAAAUUGUAUACCAGUCUUUCCAGAAACUCCCAUACUAGUUCUAGGGGCAGCAAUAGCUAGUUCAGGAAUUGUACCGGUGCUGUCGAAUUCUACACUUGUCAACAAGACUGUUGUUCUUUUAUAUAUGCACUGAUUUUAUCUGAAAUAAUAGGAUCAAAUAAUGUACUGUGUUUCCUUGCAAUAAUUGGAUCACUAAAUAUGCAUGCUGCAAGCCUGAGGCUCCUUUGUUUGCUCCAUCUCAUAGAACACUUCAUACAGUGACUUACAAGAUGGCAUUUUGCUCUUUGUUUACAGGAUGUAUGUACCUUGCGAAAAUGCUACAGCACCUAUCUGAACUGUUUGUGAGCAUAGCGCUGCUUUAAAGAUUAUCAACCAGUAGUAGCAUUAGGUUGUCACAGACAAGAACUGCACUUGGGUAUAAACACUGUUAAUAAAAGGCAAUAAUAAAUAAAUAAA